AAGAAAAGAAAAAAAAAAAGAAAGAAAGAAGGAAAUACCUUCGCACAACCGCACAUUCGAAGAUUGCCAAGAUAAUCGAAGUAUCAUAGGGUCGCCAUAUUGACACUUCGUCAAUGUGGGUAUUUGUCGCUUAAGUUUUCGCUGGAAGUGUGCAUCGCAUCGCGGUCGGACCGAACACACCAUUCUUGCUCCGUUUUGUGGUGCUCGCAAAACCCGUACACCGUCGAAGAAUGAGUCAUUACAGUAUCCGCUAAUGUCCUACAGAGUGUCUCUAGGAACCCGUGCUACUGUGUCGCGCUGAAAGAGGAGGGUGGGAGAGACAUCGAAUCUUUGAGCCGUUUGUUUGGACGACAUAACAGUGCUUCAAGUCACACGCGGAACAACACCACCACCACCACUACCACCAAUCAACCGCAAGUGUCGACGGCUGCGAACAAAAAAAAAAAAAACCGUUCGGCGCACACCAAGGGCAACAACUGCUGCGUGCACUGCUACACCUUCGUCCGAAACCGAAACAGCAAUCAAUCCCGCAACACCAUCCCGGCACCAGCCCCAUUUGCCAUCAAUCCAACACAUUAGACGGACGGGACGCGGGCGGUGGGCGACUUGGUGUGCACACGGGCAACAGCGAGCAAGAUGAACGAUUUUAUCGUGGCCGGCAAGUACCGCAUCAUCCGCAAGAUCGGAUCGGGCUCGUUCGGCGACAUCUACCUCGGCAUCAACAUCACCAAUGGCGAGGAGGUGGCGCUGAAGGUGGAGAGCAUACUGGCCCGCCACCCGCAGCUGACGUACGAGUACAAGCUGUACAAGGUGCUGACCGGGGGCGUCGGCAUCCCGCACAUCCGCUACUUCGGGCAGGAGCGCAGCUACCACGUGCUGGUGAUGGAUCUGCUCGGCCCCUCGCUCGAGGAUCUGUUCAACUUCUGCAGCCGGCACUUCACAAUCAAGACCGUGCUGAUGCUGGUCGACCAGAUGAUCGGCCGGCUGGAGUAUCUGCACAUGAAGAACUUCAUCCACCGGGACAUCAAGCCGGACAACUUCCUGAUGGGGAUCGGCCGGCACUGCAACAAGCUGUUCCUGAUCGAUUUCGGCCUGGCGAAGAAGUACCGCGACUUCCGCUCCCGCAUCCACAUCUCGUACCGGGAGGACAAGAACCUGACCGGCACGGCGCGCUACGCCUCGAUCAACGCGCACCUCGGCAUCGAGCAGAGCCGCCGCGACGACAUGGAGUCGCUCGGGUACGUGAUGAUGUACUUCAACCGCGGCUCGCUGCCGUGGCAGGGGCUGAAGGCGACCAACAAGAAGCAGAAGUAUGAGAAGAUCUCGGAGAAGAAGAUGUCCACCCCGAUCGAGGUGCUGUGCAAAGGCUUCCCGGCCGAGUUUGCGAUGUACUUGAACUACUGUCGCAGUUUGCGCUUCGAGGAGGGCCCGGACUACAUGUAUCUGCGACAGCUCUUCCGGAUCCUUUUCCGCACCCUCAACCAUCAGUACGACUACACGUUCGAUUGGACAAUAAUGAAGCAGCGAGCGAUGCAGCAAGGCAGCAACAACCCGCCUGCGGUCACAUCCGGCGAAAACAAACGGGAAGAGCGGCGCGAUAAAGAUAAGCUGUCCAGCGACACGGAUGAGUAGGAAUUUUGAAUGUUAAGCAGCAAAGCAUGGGGGUAAGCAGCACAGCACCCACGGAGCGGCGCCACAUGUACAGGGUGUGUGAUUGCAACGUGUUUUCUCAAACACACAAAAAAAGGACGUGCGCGCAUGAGAAUAAGAGCGCGCGCGCGCGCGGUGCGGAGAGGGGGGGUUCAAUCGUGGUCGGGAUAGAAAUGGGUGAAAACAGAAGAAAGAGAUAGAAAGAGAGAGAGAGAGAGAGAGAGAAAGAUGGAGAGAAUGAGAGGGAGAGAGGCAAAAAAGAGAAAAAGAUCGCGACAGAGAGAAAAAGAGAAUAACAAAAAAGUGGUAAAAGGGGAAGGAGCAGUAGACAAGAGAUGAUGACGCGAUAAAUGUAACAGAAGAA